AUGCCAGGCCUCGCACGCGGCGACGACCGCCCGGCCACGCCUACGGGCCCGUCCGUGGCGCCCAGCGCGAACGGGACCACGCGCGCUCUUGACGCCCACCCGCCGCGGCAGGAACCCCUCCUCGACCACGCGCACGACUCGGAGGCCGAGUCAGAGCCAGACCGCAUGCGCGACUCCCACGACCUGUCCUUUGCCGAGGGAGCCACGGCGCGCGACUCGGUCGUCGACAACAUGCUGCUCUCCCUCGACCAGUUCUCCACCGGCAACCUGUUUGGCCCAGCCUCAAGCAGCCGGCGUGAGGACGACUCCUUCUUCCUCAGGGACGCCUCCUACCGCCCGCCCGGCCACCGACGCCGUGGCCACACGUACACGACGUCUGCCUCGUCCGACUACGACCCACACGCCCCCGACUCGACGCCCCGCUAUCCAUCCCACUCGCGCGCGCGGAGAAGCAACAGCAGCAACAACGUCGCCUCGCCGACGAGAAGAAAUGGAAGCGCCCGCGACCCGUAUCCAAGACGGCAGCCCGGCGGCGUGCACGGGCAGCACCAGCACCAGCACCAGCACCAGCACCAGCACCAGCACCAGCACCAGCACCAGCACCAGCACACAGCGCACACGAGAGGCGGCACCAGCAAGAGCAGCAAGAGCAGCAAGAGCAGCGGCUCGUCGAGCAUGGACUUUGGGCAGACCGGCGUGUUGGGCACACACCGCUUGGGCUUUGGGAAGCGCUCUGCCAGCUUUGAUCACAGCAACAGAUCUGGGAUGCCCUCUGUAUCUGUCUCUAUGAACACCGAAUCGGUGCUGGACCGAGGACGGACUGCCUACCAGAGCUACGACCAGGACUACGACGCUGCGCCGGAGCCUACCAUACCUGCAGGGCCCAGGAGGUUGCACCCACCGCCCCAAUCACCGGUCGCACAACCCCCCCAACAGCCGGCGUACGCACCGCCUCUGGCGCCUGCCCCUCGUCGCAGAGGCAGCGUCCAUUCGAACACGAGCUACAGGACGCUGAGGAAAGGCAAGAGUCAACUCGAACCAAGCAUGAGGGCUCAAGCGCAGGAAUUCGUCAAUGCUAGCACCUUGCGCGACCUACCAUCAGUACCAGACUACCGAGAAGCAACGGCGCCAGCUCCAACCGUGGGAACGCGCAAGUCGCUGUUUGCAGCACAAGACGCUGUGCCUGCACCCAAAGAAAGACCGGGCUUCUUCAGGCGAGUAUUUGGCGGAAGCUCUUCAAAAGCACAGCAAGCACAGCAAGCAGCCUCACUUCCUGCCUUCAACCCAGCGCCUACUGAGCCGGCGGCGCCGGCCCAGUCGCGACCUGCUGAGAUCGACUCGAUAUACUCGAGUAAUCGACCGCGGACGACACCCAGCAGCAAUGCGCACAUUGCUAACCAACUGAAAUCCUUACCCAUGGUGCCACAGACUGCCGCAGCCCGUUCAAAUGAGAUGCAGCCACCCGCGCCACCUGUCUUGGCCAAGAAGCCCUCGUCCUUCUUCAGACGACGCAAAAAGUCCGUUUCGGAAACCACGAAACCUCCAGUCAUGCCCCUUGACUAUGCGCCUCCCUCGAAACCAUUCGUCCCGGCCCAGCCCAGCCCAAGUGUCAGCAGUCUGCGCCAGGUUAUGAACCCGUAUCUGGGCGAGUCCCCAGCCGCAGGCGAAACCUUCUACGAUACACGGGAGCAUCAGCGCGCUGGAGGUGAGCAAAACGGCGAGCGUCUCCAGGGAUUCUCGCCUGGCUAUAACCCACACCAGGAUUCGACAGUGCGUACGGUGAGACCAAGUUCCCGAGAUGGCUCAUCCCUUCCUCCUUCCCACAGCGAGCAGGUGAAAAGCUCAGAGCCACACAGCACAGACAGCCCCAAGCUGAAGCUCAAGGUAAAGCAUGGGAAUCCAGCACCAGCCAUAGUGACCCCGCAAGACGACACGUUCCUUGCGGACAACAGCAGCUGCAACGAAGAUCGCAGUGGUCGCGCGACCCCCGUACACGAACGCAGUGACGUGGUUGAAACGCGGAGGUCCAUUCCGGACCCCACCACUUCGUCACUCAACCAAACUGCCACGGUUGGAACGAGCGAACCAAACCCAAGCAGAGCACUCCCAUCUCAGCCCGGGCUACUGACACCUAAUGCGAGAGUGACGUUUGACAGCGGGGAAUCUGCCUCACCACCAGCAUUAGCAUCAGCAGCCGAAGACGAAGGCUGGGUCGUCACAGCGCCAACACAGAACGACGAGACGGCAAGGCGCCGGAGCCCGAGUGCAAGGCGUGUUUGGCUCGAUACCACAGCGGUCCAAGACUCGCCUGUUGACGGCGCAGAUAGCCUGCAACUGCCUCUGGAAGGUGCUCGCUCAUCUCCACAGCCAUUGGACAAGUCAGUGCCAACUACGCCAGACCUGGCCUCGCCCACAUCACCAAACGAUGUAUUCCACUCUGCGACGAGCUUGCCUAUAGUUCAAAUCGAAACCCGCGACUCCGACACGACCAUGCCGUCGAUCGUAGAAGACCGCUCGACGCACUCUGAGCCCACCGAUGCCGACAGGGAGCGUGCGUUGAAAAUAUUCAACGGCAAUGAAUCGGCCCUCUUGAAGUCGCAGGCUGCUACUGUCUUGGGCGAUGUCACGCUCAGCAGUUCGCGAACGCGAAAGGCGUUUAUGGAUCUCUUUGACUGGUCUGGCUUCACUAUCCUUGCUGCGAUGCAUGACAUGUGCGGCAAGCUCGUGCUGAAGGCCGAGACACAGCAGGUUGAUCGCAUCUUGAUGAGCCUGUCUGAGCGCUGGUGCGAAUGCAAUCCUAACCACGGCUUCAAGGAAGUUGAUGUUGUCCACACCAUCUGCUACUCAAUCUUGCUGCUCAACACGGAUUUGCACGUGGCUGAUAUCGAGACCAGGAUGACCCGCAGCCAGUUCGUAAGGAACACACUGCCGACUGUGACACGGGUAUGUCAAGACGCCACCAAGGCAGACGAGACACUGCGACCCAAGUCAACCCACUUCCGUAGAGGCUCUCUACCGUGGAACGAAAGGUCCGAACCCACGACUCCCAACGGCGACCAAACCACAUUCUCUGCCGACGCAACCGAAGAGAUGGUAGAAGGCAAGCGUGCCCGAAGCCGGCUGUCAGUCAGGCCACCUGUCAGAAGUGGCUCAGAUGGCAUACUAUCGUUCGAUUCUGCCACAUCUGAAUCGAACACCCUCGUCAACACGCCGUAUAAUGGCCCUUUGAAGGGAUGGGAGUUCCAGAUUGAGAUGGUCCUGAAGGAGUUCUACGACUCGAUUCGCAAACAGCGUUUGCCGCUGCACGGAGUGUCUGACUUGACAGUGCAACGCCAGGCGUCUUCCAACAACCUCUCAGUUGCUGGUAUGUUACGCCGUACGCCCAGUGUUUUGAGCAAAGCACCAUCAGACACAACCAGCUAUCGUGGGCGGCCGCAAGCCGAUUUUCGCAGUGUGGGAGCUCGUUGGGCUUCUAAGAACCGGUCGAAACAGAGGUUGUACCCUGCAUCGACAGUGGCGUCUAGCCGCACUAGCCUGGAUGACACGUCAGUGUGGAGUCCUGCAGGAUCAAGCACCUGGAGCCGCUAUUCAUACGGCAAGACGGGCACUUCCAUGUCAGUGGACUCAUUUGGUUCGCACUUUGCUGCUGGCGACUAUCAGCAGGCCAUUGGGUUUGCCAAUGCGCUCAGCCAAGCCAUCAUCCGAGAAGAAGGCAUGACCAUUGCCAGUGACGAAGACUUUGCUCGCGCAGCUCCGCUCCUUGAAGAUGAAUCUCUGGAGCUUGUCGGAGCUCCGUGGGCAAAGGAAGGCAUCCUCAAACACAAGCAUCACCUAGAAACAGUCGAUAGGAAGGCUAAAGACCGAAACUGGAGCGAGAACUUUGCUGUGAUUGAGAAGGGCUACAUGCGUCUCUUCUCGUUCAGCAUGAACUCAAAGUCUGCGCGGAUGAAGAGCAAGGCCAACAAGCCAGCUGCGGGUGGCAUCGUUGGUGGCGGCAACUGGAUGGACAACGCUGAAGUCCUCGAGGCUUUCCCGCUACGACAGACCAUUGCAAGUGCACUGCCACCUCCAGGCUAUUCCAAGACCAGGCCUCAUGUGUGGGCACUAUCACUUCCUACGGGCGCUGUUCAUCUCUUUCAAGUUGGCACACCUGAUAUUGUCCGCGAGUUUGUCUCCACUGCGAAUUACUGGUCUGCCAGGCUGUCCAAAGAGCCUCUUACCGGCGGUGUCAGCAGCAUGGAGUAUGGAUGGGGCGAGAAUGUGAUCAACCCGGCUUUGAUCCGACAAGACAGCGCCCCUUCGAUCCAAGGCCACAUGCCUCGUCCUAGUGUGGCGAGUUCUCUGCGUAGUUCGAUGGACCAUGCUACCGGCGCACCACGGGCUAGACUCCCUGGUGACAAGGUUGUUCUUUCCGACUGGAGCCCACCCACUGCGAGCAUGAUGGCUAGCAACCUGAUGGAGGUGGAUCAGCUCAGAGCCCUGACCGACUAUGUUAAGACUAUUGAGGGAGAGCUGGCGCAUCACAACGAAUUGAGAGCACCACUGCUCAUCACGUUCUCUCCACGCCACCCCAAUGCUGCGAAAGCAAUGGCCAACUGGGAACGCAAGUCGCAGUACCUCCUCAGGGAGAUUGUCAAGUUCCGCACAUACAUUGACACACUGGCCUUUGCACAGUGUCAGAAAGACAAAAUCUACGCGGAGCGUGAAGCCAACGGGGAAAUGCUUCCGAGCACGACUGAUGGCGCGGCCGGGUGCUCGCCUGCAUGCAAAGUUGAUGGUGCGAGAGAAGAGUCCAAAGCUUCCAAGCCCAUGAGCGCUUAA